GACACUGAAUCUCACUAUAAAAACGGUACACUACAAGUGAAGAACAUCAUCACCGAUUUUCUCAUCUCUACAAUUUCAUCAACAAAUAAAUAUCUUAGCAUCAUGGCAGAAAACACAACCACCAUUGCUUUCACGGAAGAGCAAGAAGCUCUGGUGGUGAAAUCAUGGAACGCUAUGAAGAAAGAUUCUGCAGAACUGAGUUUCAAGUUUUUCUCCAAAAUACUUGAGAUUGCUCCACCAGCUAAGCAAUUGUUCUCAUUCUUGAGGGAUUCAGAGGUUCCCUUGGACCAAAACCCCAAGCUCAAACCGCAUGCUAUGUCUGUCUUUCUCAUGACCUGUGAAUCUGCUGCUCAAUUGCGGAAGGAAGGUAAAGUUACCGUGAGAGAAUCAAACUUGAAAAAGCUAGGGGCUACCCAUUUCAAAAAAGGUGUAAUUCCGGAGCAUUUUGAGGUAACAAAGCAGGCCCUUUUGGACACCAUAAAAGAAGCAGUGCCUGAAUUGUGGUCACUAGAAUUGAAGGAUGCUUGGGCAAUCGCUCAUGAUCAGCUAGCCAGUGCCAUCAUAGCUGAAAUGAAACCAGAGUCUUAGACUCUUUUUUCAACCCUUUGCUCUCAGUUUCAAUAAAAUUGAUGGGGUUUGUAUGAACAAAAUGUACUACUUAUUGUUGCUUUGGGGCUGUGUCUGUAUAAUGUUGAAAUUUGUUCAGAACUCAUGAUUCAGCAAUUGAAUAUAUAUUUGAAUGUGAUUAUUAUUUGCA